AGGCCCAUAAGGCCCAUAUUGCCUAUAUGCCUAUAUAUAUGCUACAGUACCCGUGGGGGUGAUUAUCUCGCCUAAUCCAAGGUUAGUAACAUGGUAUCAGAGGAGGUCACGAAACCCUAAUUUUUUUUUAGCCGCCUUCGCGGCUGUUUCCCGCCCAACCGCCGUCGCGGUCCUUCCCCACCCAGCCGCCGUCGUGGCUCUUCAUCUUCCUCAUCUAGCCGCCGCCGUCACGGAUCCGGCUGCCCCUGCCUCUGCUCCGUCGCGCGGAUCGCCGCAGUCGCGGAUCCGCCCCUUCCUCUGCUCCGUCGCGGAUCCGACUGCCCCUGCCUCUGCUCCGUCGCGGAUCCAGCCGCCAUCGCGGAUCCGGCGGAUCCGGCCGCCCCUCAGCCUCUGCGCGCGAGGCGCCGCGGAUCCGGCCGUCCUGUCCCGCGCGGCCGCGGAUCCGGCCUUUGCGGCGGCCGUCCCUGUGCGCGCGGAUCCAGCCGCGCCGAUCCGGCCGUGGAUCCUGCCGUCCCUGUGCGCAGCGUGCUCCCCUGUGCUCCUGCGCGCGAGGUGCCGCGCGCUCUGCGUUCCUGCUGUCCCUGGGUCCCUGUGCAGAUCUGUCUGCUCUGCAUCUUCAACAACAGGGACGCUGUCUGCCUGCUGUCCCUGCGCCAAUCGAAGAUUUGCGCAGAUCCGCCCGCCGUUCCUGCGCACGGCCUGCUCUGCGCAAGAUCCGACGUCCAGGGAGUGCGCAGAUCCGGCUGCUGUCAAAUCCUGCCGCAUCUGCCGUCCCGCUGUCCCUCGUCACCAUCGCAGUCACCUCGUCUUGUGGGCAGGGCUGCAGAUCUGCGCCGUUGCUGUCUCUGCGCAGGUGGCUGCCAUUGCGGGCAGAGUUGAGGUGGCCUUGAUUAUCUGCAGCAGGGUGACAGCUGCUGUCCAUCUCGGUUUUCGCUGCCCAGGAUCUUCGUCAAGUCGUCCAAGUCGGGCUGCUGUCAGUUGCGGCUCCUCUGGUUUGUUUGGUUUCACUUAUUUCCAUUGAAUUCAAUAUGAUGAUAAAUGCUAUUGUGGUUAAUAUCACUCUCGAUGGUCAAAAUUAUCCGGAGUGGGCUUUCUGUGUUGAGACUGCACUCCGGGGACAUGGAUUACUCUUCCAUUUAACUGAUGCAGCACCUGUUCUUGCUGAUGAUCGUCGCAAUGCUGCUGAUAUCAAAACAUGGCAGCUUAAUGAUGGUAAAGUGAUGGCUGCUAUGGUGAACAGCGUCAAACCGUCUAUGAUUAUGAGUUUGUCUAAAUUCAAAACUGCUAAAUCCAUCUGGUCUCAUUUGAAGGAGCGUUUUGUUCAGGAUAGUGGUGCUCUAUUACACACCCUUAUGCAGCAGACACAUGUUAUUGAGCAAAAUGAUAUGAGUAUUGAUGAGUACUACUCAGCCUUUGAUCGCCUGAUGAGUGCUUUGACAUCAAUGGUGCCUGCUUGUACUGCUGAUCCAUGUCCGGCUCAUAAGUUUAUUGAGAAGUUCUUCACUUACAGAUUUGUUAUGGGUGUUCGGGCCGAGUUUGAUUCUCUUCGUGCUCGUUUACUUCAGGGUUCUGACACUCUCACAAUGGCUAAGGCGCUGUCUGAUUUACUUGCUGAAGAGACUCGUCUUAACUCUCUUUCCUCUAAUGGUGGUAAUUCUCACAGUGUGUUGGCUGCUGCCCAGAAACCUAAGAAUAUUUUUAAGCCUUGUGAUCAUUGUGGCAAGACCAAUCAUCGAUCUGAGCUUUGCUUUGUCAAGUUUCCUGAGAAGUUGACUGAUUUCCGUGCACGACGUGCUGCUCGUGGUCGUGGUCCAGGACCAUCUAAUAGAGGCUCAGUUGCUGUUGCUGCCACUUCGUCCGCUUGUACUUCAGAGUCGGCCUGGGUACUUGAUUCAGGAGCUUCCUUUCAUGUCACAUCUGAUCAGUCAAAGUUGGCUUCUACUACACCUGUCACAAAUGGUGCUUCAGUGCAGACAGCUGAUGGACCUUCGUACAGGGGAAGUGAUUGGGACUGGCCGUCGCCGUAGAGCUGCUCCUCGCCUCUACAUCUUGGACUCUUUGCGGCUUCCUUCCUUGGCUACAUCUCCAGCGCAUGUGCUUUCAGCUACCCUUGCUUCUGUUGCGUCUUUUGCCCAGUGGCAUCAUCGUCUAGGUCAUUUGUGUGGAUCUAGAUUGUCUACUCUAAUAAAGUCAGGUUGCUUAGGUCAUACUUCGGUUGAGUCUGAUUUUCAUUGUAAGGGUUGUCAUCUUGGAAAACAAAUACAACUUCCAUAUUUUACUAGUCAUUCUCAUUCUGUUCAACCCUUUGAUUUGGUUCACUCUGAUAUUUGGGGUCCUGCACCUUUUGUGUCAAAAGGUGGAUAUAAAUACUAUGUUAUUUUUAUUGAUGAUCAUUCUCGCUA